GGACGCAGGUCUACGGAACUGAAUGCAACCCUUGAUACCGGGUUUGCAGAAGUUGAAUGCUGCUUUCUCAAUCUUUCAACAUCUACAACGCUCCCCAUAAACCAGCUGAUCAAUUCGUUCCUGAAGAGCCGUGGACGCACAGUGAUUAGUACCAAUUACUGGAAUCUUUACGCAAACUACUUUAAAGAUAACGUCCGGCAGGAACUUGCUCGCAUUAAUAGAGAGGCACCUGAAGGAGGUGGUGCCACCGUGCGAACACAAUGCUACGACAAGUUCAAGGAAGCUUACCCUGAUACGUAUCAAGACAUUCUGUCAAUGCACGAGGAGGCAUCUCUCCUAGGGUCAUCUCCCCAAACCAUUGCACAGCGCGGCCAGACUUUUCAAAAA